GAGAGAGGCUUAGGCCACACAGGUUCCUGAAUAUCUAUGAAUCACAUUCUUCCACAUCUCUCUUCUCCCUCUUCCUGAAGCUUGAGGAGAGAGCAGAAGACAACAAUGGUGGAAGAUGAACGAUGAAGAAGGAGCAGAGCUGUUGUUAUUGUUGUGGCAUUGAGGUUUUUGUUAUGUUAUGUUACUUCCAUGGCCUGUUACAUAGUUCCUUAUUACUGCAACGCCGUUUUGCUUCAUCCGCAUAGAAGAGCUCUUCGCCAUAGCCACUGCUUCAACACCAAACAGUUAUUCAAGAGACGAAUCUUGAUUCCUCGAAACUCCGCCAUUAGCGACGGUGGCGUCUCUUACAACACCCUCGUCUCCGAGGUUGUACGGCUGUUGGUUCCACCGGCAAAUUUUGAAGCCUCGAAGCUGAAAGUGGUUUUCUCGGGGGAGGAACUGGAGAAAACCACGAGGGUUAUCUUACCACGGACGUAUAUUCUUUCCCAUUGCGAUUUCACAGCUAACUUAACCUUAACCGUGGCCAAAGUGAUCAAUCUGGAUCAACUAGAAGGUUGGUACAAGAAAGACGAUGUGGUUGCCGAGUGGAAGAAGGUGAAUGACGAGCUGAGAUUACAUGUCCACUGCUGUGUCAGCGGCCCGAGUUUUUUGCAGGAUGUAGCUGCUGAGCUUCGGUAUCACAUAUUCUCCAAAGAACUUCCAUUGGUACUAAAAGCCGUUUUGCAUGGAGAUUCGGGUCUGUUCAGAGAUAAUCCCGAGCUUAUGGAUGCUUAUGUUUUGGUUUACUUCCAUUCUACCUCCCCUGAGUACAACCGGAUUGAGUGUUGGGGACCUCUCAAGGAUGCUGCAAAGGGAAACCAGAAGGGCAUGCUUCAAGGCUUCUUGACUUCGAACCCUCGGAAGAAAUGGACGAGACCAAAGUCGAUCUUCCACGCCUUGUUUACCUUUCUUCUUUGAAGAACUGCGGCUGCACACGAGAUAUGUACAUUCUCUUUUUCUUGGUGUCCCGUUUAUUCGAUUCGUGCAAUUGAUAUAUACCUUUCUUGAUGAGUAUCCGAUACACUUUGUCAUCUGCACAAUGAUCAAUUGUUCAUAAUUGAGAAUUCUUUUUCAGCGCCA